AUGUGUAAAAAAAAUGUGCAGCCUUUUCUUAAGGCGUGGGAAAGUGUGUGCAAAGGAGGAAGUAGAGGCAAGCUUCUAGUGUCUCCAGGGAAAACCUUUAUAUGCUUAAACCUCUUGCUUUCGUCGGUCCAUGCAAGUCUCCCUCCAAUCUCCAUCUCUUUAACGAUACGAGGUAAUCUUGUGGCACCGAGUUACACUUGGCCUGUGGGAAGAUACCCAACAUGGAUUAGUUUUGACAGUAUCAACGGUAGAGUUGUCUCCGGAGGCGGCACCAUCGACGGUCGUGGUUCUUUGUGGUGGGGCAAAGGUCAUACUCGCCCCUUCGUAAGUCCCAUUUGCAAGAUCCUUACACUCAUAUAUGAACUUUGA